CAAGGACACUGAAGAUGGCUCUGUGUGCUUUUUAUACAGUCUGGGGUUUGUUACUGGAAGUGGUGGUAGCAUUUGGCCCAGUACCGAGGAUCACUUGGGAACACAGAGAGGUCCAGCUAAUACAUUUUCAUGAAUCAGAAGUGUCAAACUAUUCAACCUUGCUGUUAAGUGAAGACAAAGAUGUGCUAUAUGUAGGAGCCAGAGAGGUGAUCUUUGCAUUAAACGCAGUGAAUAUUGUUGAAAAGCAGCAUGAGUUACACUGGAAGGUCACCGAAGAUAAAAGGACUAAAUGUGCAGUCAAGGGCAAAUCAGAACAGACAGAGUGUCGUAAUUAUGUGCGUGUCUUGCAACAGCUGAAUGAUACUUUUCUCUAUGUGUGUGGAACUAAUGCAUUUCAGCCGACAUGUGAUUACCUGAAUUUAAUUUCAUUUGAACUUGGAGGUAAAAAUGAAGAUGGUAAGGGCAGAUGUCCAUUUGAUCCUGCUCAAAGCUACACAUCUGUUAUGGUUGAUGAGGAGCUUUAUUCUGGGACUUCUUACAAUUUCUUGGGAAGUGAACCUAUCAUUUCACGGCACUCUCAUCAGAGCCCUCUGAGAACAGAGUAUGCGAUACCUUGGCUUAAUGAGCCCAAUUUUGUUUUUUCUGAUGUGAUAAGAGCAGAUCAAAACAGCACAGAUGGAGAAGAUGACAAGAUAUACUUCUUUUUCACCGAGGUAUCUGUGGAGUAUGAAUUUGUUGGAAAACUGAUGAUUCCAAGAAUAGCUAGAGUGUGCAAGAGGGACCAAGGAGGAUUAAGGACUUUGCAGAAAAAAUGGACUUCCUUUCUCAAGGCCAGAUUGAUUUGUACCAUCCCUGAUAAGAAUUUAAUUUUCAAUAUUAUCAAUGAUGUUUUUAUUCUCAAGUCUCCAACUUUGAAGGAACCAGUGAUAUAUGGAGUCUUCACCCCACAACUGAAUAAUGUGGGGCUGUCAGCAGUGUGUGCAUACAAUCUGUCUACUGUAGAAGAGGUUUUCUCAAAAGGAAAAUAUAUGCAGAGUGCCACAGUAGAACAGUCUCAUACAAAAUGGGUACGGUACAAUGGGGAAAUUCCUAAUCCUCGACCCGGUGCGUGUAUAAACAAUGAAGCCAGAGCAUCAAACUACAUGAGUUCUCUGAAUUUACCAGACAAAACAUUGCAGUUUGUUAAAGAUCAUCCUCUAAUGGAUGACUCAGUGACUCCAAUGGGAGACAGACCUCGACUAGUAAAACGAGAUGUGAAAUAUACGCAGAUUGUAGUAGACAGAGUCAGAGCACUCAAUGGCACCGUAUAUGAUGUUAUGUUCAUCAGUACAGAUCGAGGAGCCCUGCACAAAGCUAUCAGCUAUGAAAAUGGAAUGCAUAUUAUUGAAGAAACACAGCUUUUCCCAAACUUUGAGCCAGUCCAAACUCUCUUGCUUUCAUCCAAAAAAGGCAGAAGAUACCUCUAUGCUGGUUCAAAUUCUGGUGUGGUUCAGUCUCCGGUGGCAUUCUGUGACAAGUACACCACUUGUGUUGACUGUGUUUUGGCAAGGGAUCCUUACUGUGCUUGGAAACCCCUUGAAGCUACCUGCAUUGAUAUUUUUAAAGAAAGUGAAAUUGAAAGGAACUGGAUUCAGAACAUAGGUGGAGAUGCGUCUUCUUGUUCUGCCUCAUCUCCUAUACCUUUCCCUCCUACUGGUACCUCCUUUUUGUCCUGUGUGGGAAGUGAUUCACCUCCUUCACCCACCAGUACCCAGCCUGAUGUUUGGUCUAGCACAGACCCUGUAAAGGUCAUGUUGUUGCCACCUUUCCUAAGUGACCAGGCACAGCAUGUUAGUGUCCGGGGACCCUUUCGCCUCUUCUGCCAAGCCACAGGUCCAUAUGACUCCCAUUUUGUCUGGAAGAAGAAUGGACAGAAGAUGAAAGCAUGCAUCACUGAGCAAUCUCACAUGCUGUUUGAUGGCAGAGUGCAUGUUCUGAGUUGGGUGAAAGAUUCAGUAUCAGAAAAUACAGAAUAUAAAUGUUCAUUCAUCUCAAAAGUUGGGAACACAACGUCAGAAGUGCGCAUCACAGUAGAAGAUAAAGAUAGUGCUGGUCAGGAUGGAUGGACCAAAGAAUUUGAUACCUGGAGAAGUGCCAUCAGUGAACAUGACAAGAUGAUGCAGAACUGGAGGAAAACAUGGGAGAGCUGCAACAAGAAAACCAGCCUCUAAUGGACAAAGGCAUGAACAGUGUAGAAGGAGAAAUAUAUGCAAGUUAGAGUACCCAGUGUUUUAAUACCAUAGCAUUCAAAGAGGUAUUUGCAAGUGCUAGUGCCGGCAUUAAAAUUGAUGUUCAGGAGAAUCACCUGAAGCUUGAGGUGGAAGAGGCUAUCCUUACUGCACCAAAGAAUUAAGUUACAUGCUGCAAGUGAGGCCACCCAUCCCAUGCUAGAACUCUCUCUGGUUUUCUGAUACCAUUUAUUUCAGCUUAAUGAAGAACAAAAGUGGUCUCAGUAAGGCUUGUGCUGCUCAAACAAUAUAAUAUGAUGUUAUGGCUUCUGUUUUGAGUUCAUUAAGCAAACCAGUUAAUUUUGGGCUUGAGGAUCUUGGUGUAUGAUUUAGAGAUUAAUAAAAAGAUGUGGAUCGCACUUAUUUAAAGACACUUAAACUGGCCUAUUAAUUUUCUUCUAAUGUGUUUACCCUUAAACUCUGUUCCCAGUGUUUUGAAGAGCAUUCCUUUCUGCU